CUGAAAACUAGCAAUGCAGCACCAUGGUUGACAGGUAUGUUAAUUAACUGUAUCUUUUAAAAUUGUAUAAAAUAAUACACAUAAAACAGUUUGUAUUCUUAUUAGCUGUCGUCAAUGCUAGGUUGUGGCAGUUUAAGGCCGGCAGGGGUGAAUGUGGCAUUUUAAGCAGUGUCAAAUCAAUGGCAUUGUUUACCACAGUCAGAGUUACCAACGUUCGAGUAACUGUAAGGAAUCUAUUACACGAUUGGGUUUCAAAUCAAUUGCAGGAUGAGCAGUCUAGUAGACUACAAGCAGUUAGACCCAUGUCACCAAGCAUCUUGCAGAUCAAGCAGUUAUUGCCAAUACAUACCAGCUUAAUUGUCAGUAUUAAAAGGUGAAAAAUGGGCAAGUAGACCACAGUCGAUAAGCAAAAUUGUCUAGCGUGAGACCUCAGAGUUAAAUAUUGUGUGCAGAACUUAAAGUAGGGAGUGUUAAGGAAAAUUACAUAUAAAUAUGUCAACAUGAAACAUCAUGGGCAUGAAACAUCAUGAGUCUAGCUGGACACUUUCCUUGGCAAAUAAAAUUGUCCAACAUUAGGCAAGAUACAGAAACAUUUAAAUAUUAACAAACUGCUGAAAAUUGGGCACUUCGCAGUGAAAUGGGUAAUUUUAUUAAAAAAAGACAAACAUCAGUUCACCCUUGUCGUGACUUGCCGGGGUCCGGGUGUCUCUAAAGAUAUAUAAAAUGUAGCCCAAAGGUUGUUACAUAUAUUAUUAAGCAGAUCAUGCAGGUGGUAUAGAUAAAUGUAUUCAUAUAUUGUAAACUUUGAACAAGCAAACAAAGGACUUUGACUGUUUCCAGUUAGAGCUAGCACUUCCAUAAUCAAGUUGCCACACAACAAAUUGAUCAAAUUGACAUUUUUAGCUAUUAACCGGCCCACCCGGCAUUAAAAAAUUCAAGCAUGGCAUACAAAGGAAAUUGAAAUUAAACCUCUAUACCGAUUCCAUUGAUAUCCUAGUGCAUUGAACUAUUACCCUCUGAUGUUAGACAUGGUAAAAUCAAACAGAACUGAAAGAAUCCAGCUUUGAUGCAACCAACACCUGGUGUUAGACUGAGGGUGAAAUUAAAGUAGGGUAUAUAAGUGCUAUAAUGGUAAAGUGCAUGAGACAUUCCUUUUCUGGCCGAUAAUUUCAGCAAAUAUACUAGAUAGAUAUACAGUAGUCAGUAAGUCGAAUAUAAUAUAAUGACAUGUCUUGCAAAUAUAAUGACAUAUCUUGUGAAACACUGACCAGUGAAGGUGAAUCAUAUUUGAUUCAAAACAUACAGUUUUUAUAAAUUGUGUGUUAAUUACUGUAUUUAUAUUAUAUAUUAUAUAUAUAUAAUGCACUCCUUAUUCACAAUAACUUUUAUUCUAGGACUAUUGUAACUGAGACAUGCACAUUUAGCUGGGAUAUGCCUAGGUAUUUAUAAGCAUAUAUAAAGAAUUGAGGAUUGAAACUUGAGUAGAUGCCAAGCUAUAAUAUAUUAUUUAAUUUUGAUACAAGAAACACUGCCACUGCAGCACUGCUCACUGGAAUCUAUCAUAUACACAACUAUUAAUUAUUUGGCAUUAGUUACAAUAAACAUAAUUUAAUAGAAAGCAUACCUGUAGAUUUUAUUUUUGUGGAGGUAGCCAAUCUUUAAAUGGAGCUAGGCUAUGCCACAUUCUCGUACCCAGAGCCCGCCUUACACACGAUCAACAGAGCAUGCAUAUAUAACCGACAUUUUGUAAUGAAAGUUGUAUUAAAAUUUAAAAAAAAAUCAUUUUCGUUGUUUCACUGAUAAUUUAUUGAUUAAACAGAUAAUUCAUUGAUUUAACAUCGAUUUAAAGAAUAACACUAUAUGCAUGUCUUUAUGAACUGAUAACUUGUUUAGUGUCCGUUAUAGAAACAAAAACUGGACUUAGCUGGGGGGGGGGAUGGUAUUAAGACCGUUUAGACCUUCAUUGCUAUUGGAUGACAAUCCCUCCAUCUUGUCUUCACUUUUCUCAUAGGCAGAAUUAAGUUCUUGCUACAGGGCCACAGCUGCUUUUCUUUGUGACACAUGUAUAGAAAAAUUAAAUUCUUCGCGUUGGUCUGCCUGUACCAACAUGUCGCAACGAACGAUGACGGUUUACAGCACAUAAUUCUUAACCCCCAUCAAACGAACUGCACAACUGUACACCUGAAUCAACCGUUGCUUUGUCUUUCUUUCUCAGGUGGUUCAACAAGCUCUGGAUAAAGCUAGUAUUGGAAGAACUACUCUUGUUAUCGCUCACAGAUUAUCUACCAUCCAACACGCUGAUGCCAUUUGUGUGAUCCGUAAAGGAAGAGUGGUUGAACGUGGUACACAUCAACAGCUUUUAGCAAUGAAGGGAAUUUACUAUGCUCUGCAUAAAGCUCAAUCUAUGAAAAACCACUAAAGAUAAGUAACAAUGAUUUUGACGAUAAUUUCCUUUCAUUUUUGCAAAAUCACCCUGAUGUUAACUGGAUAACAAGUUUAUGCUUUUAUUGAAAACAUUUUUUUCAUCGUGAUAUGAAAUAUUCCGAAGUGAAACAGUUUUUAUUCGUGAUAUGAAAUAUCUCGAGCUGGAUUAUAGUGACUAGAAUUAUUCUCAAUUGAACUUUACCCUAGGUAAAUAUUUAACUGGACUGUGACGUAUAAUAUAUAGGUUUGGUCUCAAAGACCUUUGUGAUUAUAUUUGUAUUGUCAGCUGGGAUGAUUAUAUAGCCCAGCGUCAUUAAAUGAAUUGUAUUAAGUUGAUAAGCAUUUAUUAAUAUUAAAAAAUUCUCAAUCGUAAACAGCAGUGCAAAAUUCUGUACCAACCGUUGCAAAAACCUGCCUCAAAAAUGUAAUGAUUUGUUUGCAAUCACGUGUCUUGUCAUCCGAAUGGCAAAUGAGGGGCAAUCAAUCAAACAACGUGUGGACGGUUUUUCUCCUAUCAGACAGUAGCAGCUGAACGAUAAUUCAACUUUUGAGUCUUAAUUAAUUAAACUGUCUCUAAACUCAAUCAAUGCAUUGAAAUAGCCGUUUGUUGUUAUACCUGCCCGUCAACUGAAAUCCCGAAAUUACGUCAUUGCAAACAAAGAAUUGAUGAUAAACAAUGGGUAAAUCAACAAAUCAGUUCAAACAGGGACGCCGGAACGAUAAUAGAGCAAAGGGGGGUGGACGCACACCAAGGGCAUCUUUACUGAAAAAUUUUUUUCACUGCAAAAUUUUUUGGCGACCCCAUACAAAAAUUUUCCGUGAAGCCAAAAAUUUUUCCCGAUAUCUUAAAUUUUCGCCAUUUCUUCAAAAUAUUUUUCUAAAUUCCAAAAAUUUCCCAAAAUUUUUAUAAAUAUAAACUAUAAAUUACCUGAAUCUCCUGAUUUUCCUACAAAAAGCAUCGUUGGAAAUGUGAUUUGUCACGUAUUAUUUUAAAACUAAAAGGGCACUUCUGCCCCCCCUGCCUCCCUAGCAAAAGGCAAGGGGGGCAGCCGCCCCCCCCUGCCACCCCAGUUCCGGCGUCCCUGAUUCAAAUUAGUCCUAGAGUGACGGUCACGGAUUCCUUCAUACUAUUGGUACAUCAAGUAAGAUUUGAGUUCGUGUCGAAACUAUGGCUUCUAUACCUUUUGUUAAAAUGGAAAAAAGUGAAACUUUCAAAACGUUAACGUUCUAAAACGUGUUAUAACAAAGCAGGGAAAUUUUGUCCGUGGUCGGUUCGCUGUAAGACGUAAGUCAAAACUGCAAAUAGUAUUACAGGUAAACUACGUGAAGCGUUCGUCUUUUGACUUCAUAACUCAUUUGGAAUUUUCCUCAUUAGCUUUGCAAAUUUGAAAAACUUUUUGCAAACCCUUGAGGGAAUUUGCAAUAUUCCUAUCGGCUGGUGCAAUAUUCCAAUGCAACGAACUUCAUUUUAAAUUUUCCUAACUUCCUGUUUUAAUUUCCUAACUUCCUGUUCUGUUCUGGGCGUUGUUAUUGGUCGAUUAUUUUUGUUAGCCAUUUGCAACGCUUCUAACAGGAACUGAGGAAAAUUUAAUUGGCUUUUAGCAACAUUGCAAAUUCCUUCAAAGGAUUUGCAAGGGAGUUUUUUAAAUUGCAAAAGUAAUGAGGAAAAUUGCAAUCAAUUUAGAAACUCAAAAGAGGAACGCUUCACGUAGUUUACCUGUAAUAAACAAUCAUUGGAUGUGGUAUUGAGUUUUGGGGGUAAAAAGAGUUAUCAAAGUUGAGGUGAGCGUUAUAUCAGUCGAGCCGAAUGAAGUAUUGAAGGAAUUAAAGUAUAGCAGCUUACCUCUUUGUUGCCUAGUUGAGUAGAAAAGCAUCUAUAUUGCAUAACAAAUAAACAAGGCUUUUCAUCGUGGCGUUUUAGCAAUAUGUCAGCCAUGCUUGGACUAAAGUAACAAACACAACUUAUACUGAUCUCAAAUCUAGUUCGCAACAAUGGAGUUUUUUUAGGAAUUUAAUUCAACAUCGAGCAAAAAAACAAACAAAAAAGUUAAAGUCUGCCGUCUUUGAAAAAUAUUUUCCUUCGUUCUCAGAAGCGCCCUUUGGUCUCGGGCCGUUUCUGAAACAUCGGGAAAAUAUUUUUCAGUACGAACCUCCCAGUUGAACAUAUAUGUAUUAAAUCGGUCGGUUUUGAAACCAAAUAUCUAAAAUGAGAUGAGAUCUUUACCUCUGUCAUAGUCUCUGCAAAUUAAGUCAGGUGGUUGUUCAUGAUUAGCUGCAUCAGAGAGGUUAAGAUACCCCGGUUCCGGUUUACGGGUACGAGUAUCGCCAUUUUGUUUACCAAUUUUUGCUGAUGUCAGCAUUUUUACCCGUAAUCUCUAUCCGUUUCCCCCGCGAUAAACCAUGGUCUACACAUUAAUAAAAGACAAACGGGUGCGGUUGUUGUCUGUUUACUGUUUGUUUGCCGUUUAAAUAGCAAAAAACUUCAACAUCUUACCCCAAACAAAAUGUUUACAUUUCCCUCCACCGAUAACCAGAAGUUAUAAGAACCUUUUCUACUAUGCCACUAACACCACAGCCGCUGAUACUCAGGGUUUUGACUUCCGCUACCCCCCGAAACCCGCUGCAGAGGAAACCUUGACACAGGCUGAUCACGUGACACCCAGAUUUUAGGUGCUAAAUUAUGCGACUCAGGGAGGGUAGGUCAUUAUAGCACGGCAAAACCAUAAAACGAAAAGUAUUCUCUGAAAGACUCUGAACUAUGAUUUGCUUUAUUUGUUUAGAUUUGAUAAUAUACACGUAAAAUUCCGACUACAAUGUUAUUACAUAAAGCCGGCUUUUUGAAAAUAUUGGCAAGAUCGAUAUGAGUCUAUAGUUUUGGAAAAUCCUACGAUCACCGGAUUUAAAUAGGGGAAUAACACGAGCGGUUUUCAUAUUAUCAGGAAAAUAACCCAAAGAAAUAGAUAAAUUAAUUAUAUGUGCAAGCGGUCUUGAGAUUAAGUCAACAGAAUCCUUCAAGGCAGAUAUCGGAAUAUUAUCAUAACCAGCAGCAGUCCCGGAUCGUAGUGAAUAAUUAUAUCCGAUACUUCCAGCUGGGUAGUUAAACUAAGUGAUAUUGAACUGGAAUAGGUACCAGAUAAAUGAGUUCGAUGCGAAAUAUUAGCAUCGGGAAUUUUCUUGGCUAAGUUAGAACCAAUAUUAUUGAAAUAAUCACGAAAAUGAUUAGCAAUUUUGACUGGAUGUGAUAUGCCUGUAUCAUAUUUAAAUAAAAAAUUGGUGGAAGUUUUCUAGAACCUUUAUUCUUCCUAAUAACUUCAUUUAUUAAUUUCCAAGAUGUUUUAAUGUUACUUUUGAAAUAAUCAAAUUGUUUAUCAUAAAUCGAAAUAGUGCUAGGCUGCUUUCGUUUAAUCCAUAAGCUUUCAAUUUGCUUGCCAAAUUGAAAGCUUAUGGAUUAAACGAAAGCAGCCUAGCACUAUUUCGAUCAUAUUUUAAGGACAGAAAGAACAGAGUGAGAUUAAAGGAAGCGACUAGUGCCUGGGAAGUUAGUUACGAGUGGAUGUCCGCAAGGCUCAAACUUUGGACCGUGUUGUGGAACAUUUUCCAAAAUGACUUAAGCUAUAACAUUGAAUCAGAGCUACACAUGUAUGCAGAUGAUAAUCAAUUCUAUGAAA